AUGGGCCAGGAACACACUGAUGAUCUAAGUGAUGUCUUGAACAUCUUCAAGGAUGCCAUAGAGUCACCAGCAGAUAUCAACAACCAAAGAAAAGAAGACACUGUUCCAGUGAGGAAGGACCCUAAACUUGGUCAAUAUCCAGAGACGAUGUCCUGCACGACUGCUUUUGAUGAAUUGUUCGGUUGCUAUUCUGUUGGUGGGCAAUUCAAUAAUUAUUACAGAUAUGGCGAAUUGAAUCCCUGUUCAGAUGCUUAUGAAAAGUUUUUGUUUUGUGUAAAAAAUUCAACAUUCGGUUCAAAAAGCGAAGAAGAGAAAAAAGCAGAAAUCCAAAAUUAUUUUAAAAAACAGCUAAUGAUGACAAAGGCAAAAGGGAGCAGUGAGGAUGUGUGGCAGAUAAGGAAAUGA